CAUAAUAGCUGUUCAGCACUGGGAUACAGGGAGCAAACACACAAAGUAGUCAGUCGGGCAGGCAGGCAGGCAGCAGGAUGACCCCAACACUUCUCCUUCUGUUGUGUCUCUCCACUGUACUACAUGCACAGGAACCAAGAUGGCUGAUCACUGCUCCCAACCUGAUCCAUGUGGGAGUGGACGAGACCGUGAGCGUGCAGGUCCAUGGGGCGACCUCCCCUGUUGCAGGCAGCCUCCAGUUCAAGCGUCACAUAAACGCUGUCUCUGAAAACGUGGCUGUCACACUGAACGCACAGAACAAUUAUCAAGCUGUGGUCAAAAUGAAGGUGGAGCCCAAGCUGUUAAAAGAUGCCUAUGCUAAUGAUGCUGAGAAUGAAAGGGCGCAAAUACCAUAUAUCCAAUUGGUUGCAUUGUUCCCAAAGCUUUCCAUUGAGGCAAAACUUGUGAAUAUAUGGCUAUCUGAAAAAAGGGGCUACAUUUUCAUCCAGACAAACAAGCCCAUCUACACUCCCGGAGAGACCGUCCAGUACAGGAUCUUCACGUUAGACCAGUACAUGCUUCCUGCUGAUGAGGAGCUCAACCUGAGAAUAUUUAACUCUGAUGGUUUAGUGGUCCGCGGCACUUUGAUAAAAUCCACUGAAAUACUCGAGCAGACUAUCACUAUCCCAAACAUUGAACGAGCUGGAUUCUGGAAAAUAGAAGCACAUUUUUCAGGUGCACGUGCACCUGAAUUCAUUUCUACUCAUUUUGAAGUGAAAGAAUAUGUUCUGCCACAGUAUGAGGUGAAUAUAGUGGCACCCAAACCAUACUGCAUGCUGAGCGAUGACAGCUUCGAUUUCAUCAUCACUGCAAGGUACACAUAUGGGAAAAGUGUGGAUGGGGUUGCUUAUGUUCGCUUUGGGACCGUUGACAAGCAAGGCGAUAAGACCAACAUACCUGGUCUGGAAAACCAGUUACCGCUUAAAGAUGGCCGUGCAAGUGUGAAGCUGCUAACCAGUGAUUUGAAGAAUAAGGCGGCAGAGAGGAAUGUCACCCAGCUGGAGGGGUGUCACUUGUAUAUCGCCGUCACAGCCCUAGAGAAGGCCAGUGGAAACCUCGAGGAAGCAGAGAGCAGCUCAGUAAAGCUAGUGGCAUCCCCCUAUGUGAUCGACAUGUCCAAGACCAAGAAAUACUUUGCACCUGGCAGCACUUUCUCCAUUUUGGCCAAGACCACCUACCCUGAUGGCACCGUUGUUCCUGAUCUGAAGCUGGAUGCCGUGAUUACUGCGAGGCUAUUUGACCAGUCUGAGGUCGUCACCAAUAAAGAGGCUGUGGCAACUAAAGGGGAAGUUGUCAUUCCAUAUGAAGUACCCCAACAGUCUUCUCAAAUACACAUCAAGCUCUCCCCCCAAAUAGACAAGACAGCAUCACAGGAAAUGACGGUGCAUGCGAUGCAAGGCACAAACUGCUACCUCAGCAUUGAGGUGGACCAUCGUGUUCUUGGACCUGGGCAAGAGCUAACAGCUCAAUUCAGAGACAUUGUUCCAGCAGGCUCACCUCGGCCAACUCACAUUUAUUAUAUGGUCCUAAGUAAGGGUAAAAUCCUGCAGACACGGAGUGUCCAGACAGCGGGCAGAGAGGUCACAGAGGUCACAGUGCCCGUCACCAUAGAGAUGGUGCCCUCCUUCCGCCUGCUGGCAUACUACUUCAGUGGCGCCAGAGGCGUGGUGGCAGACUCGGUCUGGGUGGAUGUCAAGGAUGUCUGCAAGGGGAAGAUUGAAAUUAGUCCAUUAAAACAAUACAAACCUGCAGACUUUUUAAAUAUGGAGGUGAAAGCCGACAGCCGCAGUAAAGUUGCCAUGGUUGCAGUGGAUUCCGCUGUGUACAUUCUAAACAAACAAAACAAGCUGACCUCUCAGAAGAUGUUUGAUUACAUGAACUCCUAUGAUCUGGCCUGUUCCAUUGGAGGAGGACAACAUCAACAUUCAGUUUUCUGGGAUGUGGGUCUCAUUUGGAUUUGUAACUGUGAAUUUCCAGAUAAAGCCUUUACCAGAGCGGCACAUGAGUGCCCGUCUACACCAUCACCACGAAGCAAAAGAGCAGCCAUUGACUUCUCAGGUGUUGUCUCUACUUUGGGGAAAGAUGCCCCACAGUGCUGUUCUGAUGCUGUGAAGUUCAACCGCAUGGGCCUCAGCUGUGAGAACAGGCUGAAGAGAGUGAAGAAGCCUCAGAAGUGCAGAGACGUGUUUCUGAAGUGCUGCAAGAAGGCCACGGAGAUGAGGAAGGCUACACGCAAAUACAGUCUUGCCAGAAGUGAUGGCCAUGACGUGGACGAGGCCAUUGGCGAGGGUGAUGUCCAUCUAAGGAGCUAUUUCCCAGAGUCUUGGCUGUGGAAGAUACUGGAGACAGAUGCCAACGGGGUGGCCCGGCAUUCUGAACCGGCUCCUGACUCCAUCACCACUUGGGAAAUUCAGGCAGUUGGAAUCUCUCCAACUACAGGCUUUUGCGUUGCGGAGCCCCAGACUCUUACUGUCUUCCAGAGCUUCUUUGUGUCUGUGAAGUUGCCGUACUCUGUGAAGAAGAACGAGCAGCUGGAGGUGAAGGCUGUGGUGUUCAACUAUGUGGACGAAGAGAUGGAGGUGAUGGUAGAGAUGCUUCCUACGGAGGGUUUGUGCAUGGCCCGUGGAGACAGGGCCAGGCAGAGCCUCAGCAUCCCUCCCAACUCUGCAUCCUCUGUCUACUUCAUGGUGGUACCCCUGACGACUGGCAAGUUCCCCAUCACUAUCCUGGCCCACAGCACCUCCACCAACACUGCAGACAAGAUACAAAAGGAGCUCCGGGUGGAGGAGGAGGGGGAACUGAAGAAAAUUGACCAGCAGUACAUCAUCAUCGGUAAACAAGGUGACGCACCAGAUUCCAGUCUCAACUUUAGCAUCUCACAACCUUCUGACGCGAUACCUGGAAGUGAACCAGAGACCUACCUCAGCUUUAAAGGUGGCUUGAUGGGGGAGACGGUGGAUAACUGUUUGAACUUGGAGGGCAUUGAGAACCUGAUACGUCUGCCAACCGGCUGUACAGAGCAGACCAUGUCCUCGAUGUCCCCUACCGUCCAUGCCGUAGAGUACCUGGAUGCCACGGACCAGUGGGUCAACCUCAAGGCUGACCGCCGGGACCAGGCCUUGUCCUUGCUCAUGAGGGGCUAUACCCAUUUGUUGACAUACAUGAAGAGUGAUGGAGCCUAUGGGUCGUUCUCCAGUACCCCCAAGAGCACUUGGAUAACGGCAUACGUGGCCAAGGAGCUUUCCAAAGUCAGCAGAUUGAUUCCCAUUGAAAAGUCCUAUAUAAAGAAGUCUAUAAACUACGUCAUAUCAAAACAACUACCUGGAGGAGACUUUCAAGGCGGCGGUGCUGGCAGUUACCUGCAGGGCAGUGGAAUUGGAAAAGCGUCUGGAAAUGCAGCCAUCACUGCGUAUGUGCUGAUUGCUAUGAAUGAGGCAGCGGAGGAGAAAAAGGAAGUUUUUGAGGUCUGGGAAUCCACACCAGUGAAAGUUGCCAUAAAGGAUACGUGGAGCUACCUGAAGCAGCAGCUGCCUUCGCUGCAGGACCCCUACACAGUGGCCAUCACUGGCUACGCCCUCUCCCUGACCGAGCCCGUCAGCGCAGACGCCAUUACCGCGUACAAGAAGCUCAAGGAGAAGGCUAUCUGCGACAAAGACAUGUGUUUCUGGAGCCGUGAGGAUGGCAGAGACACUAAGGCCAAAGCGACGCCUGUGUCCUUGGAGGCGACCUCCUAUGCCCUGCUCCACACUCUCAUCAUGAAGGACAUGCCAUAUGCCAAGCGCAUCGCCAGAUGGAUAACACUGCAGCGCAGGUUUGGGGGCGGCUUUUACUCCACUCAGGAUACAGUAAUAGCUCUGGAGGCCUUGUCUAAAUACAGUAUUAAGGCUAAUGAUGUGGACCCGGACCUGGAUCUCAACGUGGAGAUGUGUCUUCAAAAUGGCCAAGUGGAAACCAGAAAAUUGUUGAAACAAAAUGCUCUCACCCAGUCGGCUAUUCAGGUCAGGAAAGGAGGCGCAGUAUCCGUUCGAGUGAAGGGACGAGGAGAGGGGACCCUGUCUGUUGUGCAGAACUACAGGAGCCUGAAAGCGCCAGACGCUGGCUGUGAUAUGUUCUCCCUCAGUGUCACGUUGGAAGGGGAGGUAGAAUACAAGAUGGUAGAGACUGACAACUUGGACGAUUACGAGUACUAUGAUGAUGGAGGACAACCACCAGCAGAUGAGCCCAUGAGCAGGAUGGACUGGUUUGACCUGCGCACCCGCAGGAAGAGACAGGCCCCUACUCAGGAGAAGAAGGAAGGCUCUCUGAUCUACACUGUGUGUCUGGGGUUAAAAAGCGGGGUGUCCGGAGGGAUGGUCCUGGUGGACAUUGCACUGCUGAGUGGGCUGACGGCUAAUGUUCGGGACCUUGAGGAGAAUGAAAAGAGCACAGAGAAGUACAUCGACCACUAUGACCUGGGAUCCAACAGAGUGUACCUUUACUUCAAUGAGAUCUCAAACACAUCAGAGUGCCUUCAGUUCAGAGCAGAGCAAAUUGUACCCAUUGGGCUUGUUCAACCAGCAGCAGCGGUCAUCUACGAUUACUCCAAUCCAGACAGGAAAUGUGGAGUCUUCUACAGUGCACCCCAGAAAAGCAAGAUGGUGUCCAAGCUCUGCGACGGAGAUGUCUGCACAUGUGCAGAGGGCGCUUGUCCUACCCCUAAAGUGACCUUCAGCUCCAACAUGAAGUCCAGCACACGCAUGGACUUUGCGUGUUAUAAACCAGUUGUGAAUUAUGUUUAUGUUGUUAAGGUGGUUAGCUCUACAGCCGAUGGAGUCUUCAAUUAUUACACAGUGGAAGUGACCAGAGUUAUUAAAUUGGGCAAAGAUGAGUACGCCCAGAGUGGCGUGACUCGUGAGCUGGUGAAAAGGCUGUCAUGUGUGGACUUUGAGCUGGAGGUUGAAGCUGAGUACCUCUUCAUGGGUAUCAAUGAGGGCAUCACUCACACAGUAGAUGUCAACGGAAGCCCAAGGUAUCUGCUGCGGAGGGACUCGUGGCUGGAGAAGCUGCCGGGAGAGGAGAGGUGUAGGGCCACCAGGAACAGGCAGGCCUGCCAGCUGCUACACGACUUCAUGGACAAAUUCUCCUGCUACCACUGACGGCUGCAACUGAGGCAGACACGAACACACACACAGGCACACACACACAGGCACACACACACACACACAAACUGCAAUUUACUACACAACUAUAUGGAUAAAUACUCUAAUAAUGGCUGCAACUGAGGCUGAGGCAGACACACGCGCGCGCAAACACACACACACACGCACACACAGCCAUUUACUACACGACUUCAUGGAGAAGUACUCUAAUGAUGGCUGCAACUUCUGAGGUGGAGUGGAGCAGAGUGCAGGAGGAAGAACUGGGUGAAUGAGCAUGUCACAUUGUCACACACACACACACACACACACACACACACACACACACACACACACACACACACACACACACACACACACACACACACACACACACACCCUCUGCCAAACUCUGUUCUAUCAAAGAGGCUUGAGACAAGAGGGCUUACUCACGUCAUAACAGCGUAGUAGGAAAUGAUGGCGAGGGGAGUACGGAAAUGUUAUUCACUGUGGAACAGGUCAUAGGACAGCAUGAAUGUCUGUCAGCUGUCCUUAAUUACCCCCAGCAAUUACUGCUGACCAACAGCUGCCGUUAAUUGGCCACAAAUUAUCCAUCAUGGUGUCGCCCCCACUGACCAUGUGCAAGGGAGUAAGAAAAUGGUAUCCAUCGCACCCACUGACCAAUGACCAUGCUCAAGGGAGUUAAUUUUCCAUCCACUCGUGUCCUCAGGCAACGCCCCCGUACUACACCGUGGCCAAUGCAUUUCCCCCCUAGAGAUUGUUCUUCUCUGUCGAAUUUCUUUGGUUCUAUAGCCAUACAGACUACAGAACAUAUUUGGCCCCUGUCAUACCCAUCUGCCAGGCAGAAGAAGAGGUAGACACAGUGGAUCAGUAAACCAUGUGCUUUUAUUACCAGUGCAUAUUGACAGAGAAAUAAAACAAUGGUCUUAUCAGUCAACAUACUGUAGUCAAUGUAAUGCAACAGGGAGACAGGGCCCGGGCGGGGUAUAAGGUAUAAGGUAGCGGUAUGGCGUAGCGCAGUCACAAUUACAUUCCAGAUGUGUGUAAUCGGUCCAAUGCCCUGACCGUUAGAACAGAUAAGAACCAAGCGGAGAAGAAUGAUUUUUGUCAGGGUUUUGGCAAUAGGGCAACCAAAUCUUGAGCAUCCACCCAAUGUGAGUAGCACAUGGACACAGGUGUGUUUUACAGUCAAUUGGGAGUUACGGGUCAACUCCAGCUGCCAGAUAAAAGUAGGAGGAGAGAGUGGUCCUCACACCUCACUUGUAUUCUCCAAAAACAAAUUUCAUUACUUAUUUUAUACUCCAAAUUUUAUUACUUAUUUUCAAGGCAACAUUCCGAUCCUCAUGUUGGCUCUUCCUCAGACCUGAAAAUAAGUUAUAAAGUGUAUUUUUGGAGCACGCAACCGCAACUAGUAUACACAUGUGUGACUCACAUCAGGUAGGUACUUUGAUUGAGUUGCCACAGGCAUGGUAGAGAGGUGAGGUCACUGCAGCAGUGGAGAGGGACACAGCAAAAGAGUGUCAGGCACAGGAACACAAGCAACAAAAAAAAGUUUUUUUUAUGUUAUUGUUUUUUUCACAUUUAAGCACAUAAAUGUUCCAAAAACAUGAUUGAGAAACAUCUGAAACAUACAUUAUGCAUUUGCAGCUGGGCCCGUUAUCCAGUCAAAGUUUUUUUUAUGUGGAACAUCAAAGAACAGCCUUUCGAUAAAUGUCUUUGAACUACAAGUUGGUCAAAAAUCCACAGUUCCCACUGAUCAUGACUAGGAGUAUCUGCCUGCAAUGCCAUUGAAUGAGUGAAUAGUGUACAGGAUAGAAAAUAGCAUGGUGCUGUGUAUCUGCUGUCAUGACGACCCUCUGGUAUCCAACAGUAUUACAUUCACUCCCAAUAGAUAAAUAAUUAGUUAUGAUUCACAUUUACAAUAGACAAAUCUCAUACACUAGAUACUGUAUGAGCUUAACAUAGUAUGUCUGGGAGAUGGUGUCCAUCCUUUCUCCUGUUAUUGCACAACUUACAGUGAAUAAGUUAACACACACAAGUAAACACAUCACUUGCACUAACAGGGUAGUGGAGGAGCAAAGUGGUAGGACACUCUUUACCUUGUAAAACAUUGUAGCCAGCUAAAUGUAAAAAGGUAAGUUGCCCUGCUGCCGUUAACUCAACUCGAGGCUUAACUCAAUUCAAGGCUUUCUCAAGUUGAGUUAACUUAAAAACCUAAACUUAAAAGCAGGACAACUUACUGUUUUACGUUUAACUGACAGCAACGUUUUACAGUGACUUGCUCGUACAGUUCAUUACAUACAGGCGACCUUUUAUAUAGCAUGUCAGCUUGCCACCUUCGAUUUCUCCCAAGCUUUCUAUGUGUCUUUUCAAUAAAACCAUAUGAAUAGACAAA